AGGAGACGGGCCAAGAUGGCGGCAGGAGAGGAGGAAGGGUCGGCGGCGGCGGAGCCGGAGCAGGAGCCGGCGGCGGAGGAGUCGCGGAGCUUCAAGGAUUUGGGAGUGACAGAUGUCCUGUGUGAAGCUUGUGACCAGUUGGGAUGGAAGGUGCCAACAAAGAUCCAGAUUGAGGCUAUUCCAGUGGCUCUCCAGGGCAGAGACGUCAUUGGACUGGCAGAAACUGGCUCUGGAAAAACAGGAGCCUUUGCUUUGCCAAUUCUUCAAGCACUGCUGGAAACACCUCAGCGAUUAUUUGCUCUUGUCCUCACACCAACCAGGGAGCUGGCCUUUCAAAUCUCAGAGCAGUUUGAAGCUCUUGGAUCUUCCAUCGGUGUUCAAAGUACGGUUAUUGUGGGUGGAAUUGAUGCGAUGUCGCAAUCUCUGGCCUUAGCCAAGAAACCACAUGUUAUCAUUGCAACCCCUGGCCGUCUAGUUGAUCAUCUGGAGAACACAAAGGGCUUCAACUUACGAGCUCUGAAGUUCCUAGUGAUGGAUGAGGCUGACCGGAUUCUUAACAUGGAUUUCGAGACAGAGGUGGAUAAGAUAUUAAAAGUGAUUCCUCGAGACAGGAAGACAUUCUUGUUUUCUGCCACCAUGACCAAGAAGGGGAGCAGACUAACUUCCAAGUAUCAGACAGUUGAAAAACUGCAACAGUACUACAUUUUCAUCCCCUCCAAAUUCAAGGACAGCUACCUGGUUUAUAUCUUGAAUGAACUGGCUGGUAACUCUUUCAUGAUAUUCUGUAGUACAUGUAACAAUACUCAGAGGACUGCUCUACUGCUCCGCAACCUGGGCUUCACUGCCAUUCCCCUCCAUGGGCAGAUGAGUCAGAAUAAACGUUUGGGCUCUCUAAACAAGUUUAAGGCAAAGGCACGUUCUAUUCUGCUGGCCACUGAUGUUGCAAGCAGAGGUCUGGACAUCCCACAUGUGGAUGUGGUGAUAAACUUUGAUAUUCCUACACACUCUAAGGAUUACAUUCAUCGAGUUGGGAGAACAGCUCGAGCUGGGAGAUCUGGCAAAUCUAUCACCUUUGUCACACAGUAUGAUGUAGAGCUGUUCCAGCGCAUUGAACACCUGAUUGGCAAGAAGCUGCCAGCAUUCCCCAUGCAAGAGGAGGAAGUUAUGAUGCUGACAGAGCGUGUGGCUGAGGCCCAGAGGUUUGCUCGAAUGGAGCUGCGGGAGCAGGGAGAGAAGAAGCGAUCUCGGAAUGAUGAUGAUGACACAGAAGAGGCUAUUGGUGUCAGGAAUAAGGUGGAAGGAGGGAAAAAGAAGAAAAGGAAAGCCUUCUAGUUUGGUAUUUGAACAGACUUUUUUUAUUUUUCUCUUUAUGGCUAUCUGAGCUAUCAAAAACAGUCUACCAAGCCACCUCCAGUGGAUUUUUUUUCAGAACUACAUAUGAAAUUUGGCAGUCCCUGAAGAAAAAACCUACUUUUCUUCUUCACCAGCUACAGACUGAGCUUGGCCCAUGUUGGUACCAUGGUACCAGUUUUCCUUUCAGGGACACACCAUCAGAGACCAUCACCUCUGGACCUGCAAGCAGCUGUGGUCUGGACCUGCUCGUUCACUACAAAGUGCAGUGUGAGUGCAGCUUUUGCUCUGCUGCAGCCUGUCCCACUAUCAAAUCUCACUGAGCGCAUCUGGAGUCAGAUCUGUCAGAAGAACGAGAGGAAAAAUUAAAAAGAAGUGACUGAGUUUUCACAGCACAGCUAUAGUGCCCUUGCCUUGGUGAAGGGAUGUGUUACAUUGAGAACUCAAAAUAUAUUUUACUUAAUUUUAAAGCUACCUGGUUUUCUUUAUCUUGUUACUGAUCUGUUCUGUUCACUUUGUGUAUCAGCUCUGCCAGAAGGUUUUCUAGCAAUCCUAGCAUUUCAGAUGUGAUAUCAAUACCUUAGAUUUGUCAGCUGAAGAGUGGUCCAACACAGAGAGAACGAGUUUCAGCAGGAUGAAACUAUUCACUGCUUGGAAUUCGAUCCAAUAUCUGUUGAUGAUUGACACCAUCAAGGAUAAGUCUGGGUUUUGGGUGGGGUUUUUGUGGCCGAUUCUCGUAGUAGUUACAAGUGAACACAAGAGGGGGCUAUUUACGUGGGAAAGCAGCUGACAAGCUGGGAGGUGCAGAAAAACAGGUAUCCUGGAAAGCUCUUUGUUUCCCUAGGCAGGGAACUUUGUUACUCUUAGGCAGAGUUCCAUGCCGGAUAAGUAGACUUUUGCAAGAAUGAGAUAAAUUUACUUCAUAUAAAACCAGAAGGUUACUGCUGAUACUCAUUGACAAUAAAAAUUUUCACACAGGAUGUUCCUGGUGGUAGGCAGAGAAGAGUGAGAAGCUUCUGCAUAUGUAAAUUUACUGAGAACAUGAAAAUUUAAUGCCCAGUAGAUCCAUUCAUAAACUGGAUUUUGUGCUACAGGAAAAGCAAUGUUCAAAAUAGUCCUUUUGAGAUCUAAAUGGAAAAGAGAAACUAUUGCAGUAGUCAAGAUGAGCACAAUGGUUAUUUCACACUGUCAGCAUAAAUCUAGUAUCAGCAUGUAUGCUAGUCAGAAUGCUUUUACACUUUUGUUAGAGGCAGCACAUUUUGCAAGGAAAUGCCAGAAAACCUAGGUCUGUUUUUUCAUGAGGAACUGAGCUGCUCUUUGGAGCAAAAGAAGUGCCAGUGUUCUCACUCCUUAUUUAUGUUGUAGCAGUUUAAUUAAAUCUCCAAAAUAUCUUCAAGUCUGAUAGCUGUAAAAUGGUCUUGAGUCAGUGGCAGAUGGUAAGUGUACAAAUCUUGGGUAUGUUCACUGCUAAGAGCACUUGUGUAAAGCAGAAAGUGUUUAUCUUCUCUGGGUCCUAACACAGAGGGGCAAGAGUGAAAGCCCAUAAAUGAGAGCACGUUCAUUCUACGAGGCCCUUUGCUAGCAAACCACAAGGUAAGAGGAAACAGCCCUAGAAUGCACCAGAGAGAGAACAAAAUGAGUGAUAAUAUGGGUGGAGAGGCAAAUGCUUGUUCCCCAUGGAGCAAAGGAACACUCCCAACUGUCCUGCUGUGUGCUUGAACAAAAUUUCUUAUUCUUUGCAGGCAAGAUUGGGUUGGUUCCAGUAUCAGCAAAGGAAGCUUAAAUUUCUCUGAGGGUCCUGGAUCCCUGGAAAACCUCUGCAGUGUUAUUCCCAGCUGUGUAAUGGAUGAGGUGCAGAAUCAGUCCUGAACCAAUCUUGUAAAGUGAUGUGAAGGGCACUUUGACUGCUGGAGGAGGUAGGGCAGAGUCAUUCCUUUCAGAAGUAGUGAGGCUUGCUUCAAUAGGUUGUUGGAGUCUGUAGCAUCUCUGUGUCCCUCCUGUGUGGAAGCCUGCAACAGCCGAGGGGAUGUUUUGUCCUUUGAUGGAGUCAAAGAUUAUCCCUCUUUUGCAGUAGUGAGGAUAUUGGUGGAGAAAAAUAGAGCUGCUCCUUGAGAGGAGUGACUAGACAGCUGGCCACCUCCCUUGAUUUGGAAUGACAAGCUGUAGAAGCAUUUGGCAUUAGAAAAGCAAAGGUCUCACCACACCCACAUUCUCACUGGUGCCUCACCUGCCACAGGUAUGUGCAUUCAGUUUCAACUAAAAAUAUCUUAACAGGUUGGAGGGACAGGAAAUAGUUUUUUAUUGUGGUUACUCCAGAGGGGCUGGGUGUUUGUAUAACUGAAGUGGAAUAGGGAGUGUCCAGAGAUGUAUCUGGGCAAAACAGAAUUUGCAGCCAGCCUAAAACAAAAUCUCUAGCUGAUCUAAUGAAACACGAGGGGAAAAGAAUGAAGUGAGACCUGUCUCUCUGAAUAAAUGUUCAGAGAAGACCAGCACUGGUAUGUGUGUGGCUGCAUACUUUCAUGCAACAACUGCUGCCAGUGUGUUUGUUCAGUCAGGAGGGCUUUUGAGGGGCAGUUCUGAAGCACACCCUUGCACGCUCUCGAGUUUCACACAGCAGGGAGCUGAGUGGAGGAUUAACCUCAGCUGAUGUAAGGUAGGAUUGAGCUAACACAGUUUGUCAUAUUUUUAUGGUUGAAACUCAGGUGAAGUUUCAAUGAAAGCUGUGUUCUCAAAAAAUGUUCAGUGGGGAUGUUUGCAGUUUGAAACAAUUACACACUUCCAAAGCCCAUAAUGAGAAGGUGAUUAUUUAUGUAUUUGUAAUACAUAUUUUAAAUUAUGUUUUGUGGUUUUGAUUUUUAGUACUGUGUAGGUGAGUAUUUGGAGCAGUAACAAAUAGGAAUAGAGUGUCUUUCAUUUAAAUGUUCUAGAGCUAACAGAAGUGGGUCAGCCCUUAUGAGGGGAGAAGUAAAAUUAAGCAUGGAUGUCAGUGCAGAUAACUAACUUCAAGACAAGUGACAAUAGGUGCAAAAUAGUAGCAGUCCCUGCAACCGCCCCGUGGUCCAGUACAGAAGCUGCACUGAACUGAAAAGGAUUUGGCCAUGUCAGUUCCCCAGUGCCAUGCACCUCCUGCCCAGGGGCUGCAAGGAAAGGCAUGGGCCAGAAAGCACAGCUGGGUACCAAAGUGGGCAAUCCAGGGCCAUUUUCUGUGGCAGCAGCCUGAGCCUAAAUCUUCUAAAAGUAACAAGGCACACACAAACUGGUUCAAGGACCUAUAGCCCACCUGACCCCCUGCCCCCAGAAAGGUAGAGAUAACUAAAAAGGGAGAGCUGAAUGCCAUGACUUUCUAGCAACAGCACUAAUUUGUGCUAAGAGUCUCAGUUUAGGAGGAAUUCUCUGAAGUAAUUAGCAAUCAGGAAUGCCUUAGUUUACAAAUCAGGACUGAAGUUAGUAAAAAUUCACAGUUUAACCAAGCACAGAAGGAAAAUAUCCAACAUACUUUAAAGCUCUUAAACAUACCUAAGAAGGAAUGGAAUUCAUUGCAUGACCUGUGAAAGGCAUUUACCAACCACUCUGGUGUUGUAUAAAUGUGAAUUUGUGGUUUGCCUACAAUGACAUGUAAGGAGCUUCUGUAAACACUCAAGUGAGCAAUUAAUUAUUGUAAAUGUUGCAAAGUAAAUGCUGUAAAAAUCCA